AUGAAUACUUCCAUCUCUCCAUAUCCCAAGCCGGCGGUGUCGCUGACAGGCCCCACUGGGGCUUUUAUGGUCGAGUUGCUGAUCUGGAACGGGUCGCCUUUCAAAGAUCACUGGGCAUACUUCGUUCGGUCGCACGCAGACCCUGAUAUCGGCGUAAAGAUACACGCGACCGGCAAUGUGAGAAGCGGCUUCGAGUUCGAAAUUAAGCGUAGUGAAAACCUGCUAUCAACCGACGACGUUCCUUCAACAAGGGUCCCACUGCAAUGGGUUGACAUGAAAUACUUUGACCAGAAAGCUAUGCUUAACGACGGAAAAUACGAGAUCGACCACACGCCUGUCUGUCCCUUCGAGAGGAGUGUCUAUGAAAUCAAAGCUCCAGGGAAAAGCCUGAAUACGGUCGGUGACGGGACCAAACCAGGUCGGAAAGUUAUUCAGAGGGAUUGCCAGACAUGGAUCGUCGAAUCGGCCGAUCGACUUCGCCGUGACGGCAUUUUGGGCAGUGGGGCAGUCGCUUAUCUUCACGCAAUUAAACAGUGA